ACCACCUCCGAACGACAUUAUCUAAUGCGCUCUAGAGCGCCUAAAGUAGUUUGUGUCUGUGCACUGACGCCUUAUUUCCUGAUGCGCAUCAGUUCAUAGCGCGUUAAUAUGUUUUAUGGAAAAAGGGUUGAGUGUCUCCAUAAUGACAAUCUACCUACAACUGGUAAAAAGUUGCCAUGACAUGCGAGCGUGCUGCUCAUGUGACUUCUGCCUGCUGCGGCGCUCAGUCUCAACAUACGCACACCCCUCCGCCCCCUCCCCACCACUAACACACUCAGCAACUCCGCUGCCUUACUACCUGAUAGUUAGCAGCAGCAGGUCACAGUGAAAUAUUUGAAAGAAAAAUGACAUGGUGGCCGCGGUGCAAUUUAGAAGUAGCCCAAAAACCUGCAACCCGCGAUCAAUACAGUUUGACCGGCGACAUCGUUUUGAAAGUAGCCAAUCAGGCAGCAAACUGGAGAUCGCAACCCUGCCUGCCAGAGUGCUGCUGUAUAAAAAGAGAAUAAAGAUAGUAUCUCCUAGCAACGCGAAUUCUAUCAACAAUACGUUAUGGGAUAUUCGUAUACGUCACUGUUGCCAUAGCUACGUCUCUGUCAAAUACACAGGUUUAAUUUCUUGUGUCAGGGGAGGCUAAAAUAAACAAUGGCUGAAAAAAAGUUCAAAGGAGCCCCGUUUGGAACACAGACAUCGAGGUUUGAUGUGUCAGCGGUCCAUCCAGCCAAUAAGAGAGUAGGGACCUACACAGAGAUCCCCUACUGCAAAAAGAUGACCAAUGACCUGGAGAGGCGGCUGGGCCCGGGGUCCUAUGAUGCUGCAGGCCAUGGGGACUUCAGUAAACGGUCGGUGGCAGAGCGGGCCAAAGGGCCGGGGUGGCAGAGGGCCCAGGAGACUGCCAGGUUGGCAGCCAUACCUCACCUCCUCUACAGGGAGGCCUGGGAAAACAAACGCUUCCUGAAAACUAAAGUGGGUCCAGGAACCUACAGAGUAGCAGACUUUAUAGAGGAGCUGCAGAAGAAACCAGGCAGUGUGAGAGGAGUGUGUGACAGCAGGGAAGAGCGGUUCAGAAAUGCACAGAGCUGGACGCCAGGCCCUGGUUGCUAUGGUAAUGGGGGUGUUCCAUGGGCAGCGCUGGAGGAGAAGAGGUCGGGGUUAAAUGGGGCUCCUAGCAUGCACCUCGGCUCCUCACUGCAACGCUUCCCAGAAGGCAACAGUACAGACUGUGGGCUGAGUCCCUGUACCUAUACUCUAAAGAGCAGCACAGAGGCGUUGUUGGCCAGCGGCAGCAGCAGGAGAGGCGCAUAUGAUCUCUUCACUGGACCACGAGACAAACCCAUCAUCGCUGGAUACUUCGCUACCCCGAAGUGUGUAAAUCUAACUCCAGGGGAGUACCCCAGUGGGUGUGGGGGCUUUGGAGAGGAGUUGUGUCGUCGUGAAAAGCGGAACCACGGUGUGUUUGGAAUGUUGGAUCAGUACCCAGUUGUUCCAACAGAGAGAAUCUACCACAGCACCCUGUCCCAAUGCCCUCGACCUGCUACGUUCCCAGGGCCAGGGUGGUAUAAGGUCGUCUCUCCACAGUCCCGUCCAGAGAGUCACACCCAUCCCCCCUUCCUCUCCUCUGCCCCCCGUGCCAGCCGUAGGACAGAAAGAUUGCAGAACGGAAAUUAUAGCAUGGUUGGUCCUGGUCGUUAUGACAUUGCAGAAAAGGGGUGUAGUAAGACUGACAAUGGCUACACCUCCUCCUUCAGUUCCCGGACACAGAGAUAUCUUCACAAACCAGACAGAGACAAACACACACAGGAGAGGUUGCGUGCGAUAAAUGUUCCGGUGGACAGACUGAGUUUCCUGGUGCAGCCUGGAAGGAACACUUUGAUGAAAUCAGCUUAGACACACACACACACAUCGAAGCAGCAUGGAACAAAGACUCCGGAUACAUGUUUACAACCCAUCAGAUUUCAAGUUUAGUUUUUCAACUAUAUUAAAAUCAAUAUUGAUCAACA